AUGCUUUUUAAAGAUCUCCAAGUUACAAUUGGGGACUGGGCUUUAAGGAACUGGGGUCACAGGGAUGCUGCUCAUGAUCUGGAGCUACUGAGGAAGUACAAGGUGACCCAUAUUCUCAAUGUUGCGUAUGGAGUGGAAAAUGCCUUCCUCACUGAGUUUACAUAUAAGACCAUUUCUAUACUGGAUGUGCCUGAAACCAAUAUCCUGUCCUAUUUUCCAGAAUGUUUUGAGUUUAUUGAGCAAGCAAAAUUGAAGGAUGGUGUGGUCCUUGUUCACUGUAAUGCAGGGGUUUCCAGGGCUGCUGCGAUUGUCAUCGGCUUCCUGAUGACUUUUGAAGAAAUGGAAUUCACCAGAGCUUUGUCAUUGGUGAAAAGUGCCAGGCCAUCCAUAUGUCCGAAUCCUGGCUUUGUAGAACAGCUUCGUGCCUACCAAGUGGGCAGAGAGAACAGUGGAGGUGACUAAGUGCCCACAGCGGACAGGGACCGUGGUCCACGAUCUGUGUUCUAGCAGAGACAGACAAACAGCUUCUUGUAAAACUUCUCUUUCCUGUUGUCUUUUGCCAGUGGAAAUGGGGGUUACUUGUAUUGCCCUGAAUUAGUAUAUUAAUACAUUUUUAAGGUUUACCGUCACUUUGUUAUUGCAAUAUCUGGUUAAGUAUUUCUUUGAAUUACCAAGAGAAGAUAGUACAUUAUCAAAUCACUAAAUCACUGAUACGUGUAGGAAAAAUUUUAAACAUUAAAGUUUUUGUUAGAGAUAGAAAAGCAA